GUGGCGAUCUUUCCAAUCGUCCUGAUACCUUUGACGAACUUGAUCCAGAGCAAAAACCCCACAAUCAAGCGACAAGUCUUUCAAUCGAUACCCGUCUCCCUUUCUUCAACGAAAACAGAGCGACGGAACAUUUCACUCGCGAAAGCAUUCCCCCUGAACCAUAGAACUACAAGACGUCUUAUCGCCACGGGCGUCCAGGGCACCUGCCCAUGCCACUUUACAGACGAGGAAAAGAAAAGAGCCACGGUGUAG